CGAUUUAACAAUGCUGAAUGUGCAGUAAACGUUCAGCAAAUGUGUGUCGUCUAGCAUGAUGAGGAAGUAAUUACCAGGGCAUCAGCCACAUGUGAAUGGCUCUCUCCUGGCCUUCAAUAGAGUCUAAAAUUGCAGAACGCUGAGGCUGGAAAAGACCUUAAGGCUUGAUAUCCAACUUCCUCAUUAUCCAAAAGAGGAAACUGAGACCCUCAGAAUUAAGAGUGAAGAUGGCUGUUUCCGACUCAGAAAACGAUUGCAUCAACUUUGUGAAAAUGAAAUUUAUUGACAGUAUACUUUACUUUAUACCUGAGAAUGAUGACAACCUGGAAUCAGAUUACUUUGGCAGGAUUGAACAUCAUUUGUCAAUCAUACGAAAUUUGAAAAACCAGGUCCUCUUUAUUGACCGUAAGAAGCAGCCUGUGUUUGAGGAUAUGCCCGACUCCGACUGUGCAGACAAUGAACCUUAUACUACGUUUAACAUACAUGUAUAUAAAGAUAGCAACGCGAGAGGUGUACCUGUAGCCAUCUCUGUGACGUGUAACGGGAACCAUACCCUCUCUUGUGAGGACAAAACUAUUUCCUUUAAGGAAAUCAAUCCUCCUGAUAAUAUCAAUGACACAAAAAGUGACAUAAUAUUCUUCCAGAGAAGUGUUCCAGGACAUGAUGAUAAGAUGCAAUUUGAGUCUUCAUUGUAUAAAGGCUACUUUCUAGCUUGUCAAAAAGAGAGAAACAUUUACAAACUUAUUCUGAAAAACAAGGAUGAAUAUGGGGAUAAGUCUGUAAUGUUCACUGUCCAAAACAACGACUAGAUAUUAAAAUUCUGUGAUUGAAACGA